UUAGGUUACACGAAUUGUGUCCAUAAAUAGUGAUGAAACCAUGCAGAGCAAAUGCACCUCAUCCCAGCAAAAUGGGUUCUACUAAUACUCUACCAUUACCCACCUACAAAUCCCUCUCUUCUUCUUCUUCUUCCUUCACCAAUUCAUAUUUCAUAGCAAAACCCUCUCAGCUUUUCCUCCAAAGAAGGCGGCGUUGUCAAAGUUUCAAGGUUUCAUGCAACUCCAAUAACAGUACUGGCGAGCAUGACAAAAACCUUGAAGCAAAUCUUGAUAGGAGAAAUUUGCUCCUUGGUUUAGGAGGUCUCUAUGGUGUUGCUAAUCUUGCACCAUUAGCUGCAUCAGCUACUCCUAUUAGAGCCCCUGAUGGCUAUACUUGUUGUCAAGCCACGACAACGUGUGACGAGAAAACUGUAGUGUUAAAAGAUAAUUGUUGCCCCCCUCCUAUUCCACUUAACUAUGAAACCAUUCCAUGCUACAAGUUGCCUACCAUGACCAAGCUCCGUAUCCGUUCCCCUGCUCAAAAUGCUGAUGAGGAGUAUAUUGACAAGUACAACAAGGCCAUUAGCAAAAUGAAGGAACUUGAUAAAACCGAACCUUUUAACCCUCUUGGGUUUAAGCAGCAAGCCCAUAUCCAUUGUGCUUACUGCAAUGGUGCUUAUAAAGUUGGUGACAAAGUGUUACAAGUUCAUAACUCAUGGCUUUUCUUCCCGUUCCAUAGAUGGUACUUGUACUUCUAUGAGAGAAUCUUGGGAACCCUCAUCGACGAUCCCACUUUCGCUUUGCCAUAUUGGAAUUGGGACCAUCCUAACGGUAUGCUUUUGCCUCCCAUGUUUGAUCGUGAAGGAUCUUCCCUUUACGAUGAAAAUCGUAACCAAAGUCACCGUAAAGGAACCAUAAUCGAUCUUGGUUAUUUCGGUGAUGAGGUCGAAACAACAACUGAUCAACUCAAGUGUAAUAACUUAACUCUAAUGUACCGUCAAAUGGUAACUAAUGCUCCAUGUCCUCUUUUGUUCUUUGGUUCGCCUUAUUCUCUCGGGAAUAACAUCGAGACUCCGGGAACCAUUGAAAACAUCCCUCACAUUCCUGUCCACAUCUGGACUGGAACAGUGGCAGGUACACCUCUUCCUAAUGAUAAAAAGAAGUCAUGCGGUGAGGAUAUGGGUAAUUUCUACUCAGCUGGUUUGGACCCAGUUUUCUAUUGCCACCACGCCAAUGUGGACCGGAUGUGGAAUAUAUGGAAAACAAUAGGAGGGAAAAGAAAGGAUAUCAUACAUCCAGAUUGGCGGAACUCGGAGUUCUUUUUCUACGAUGAAAACAAAAACCCUUACCGUGUGAAAAUCCAAGACUGUUUAGACAGUAAGAAGAUGGGGUACGACUAUGCAGAAAUGUGCACCCCAUGGCGUGACUUUAAGCCAAAAUUAAAGAGGGCCACAACUAGGAAAGCGAAUCCAUCUUCAGUUCCAAGCUCAAGCGAGGUAUUCCCAAUAGCUAAGCUGGACAAACCCAUUUCAUUUUCCAUCACCAGGCCGGCUACCGCAAGGACUCAAGAUGACAAAAAUGAAAAAGAGGAGAUGCUAACAUUCAACAACAUAAAAUAUGAUAAUACAAAGUACAUUAGGUUCGAUGUGUACCUAAACAUGGACAAGGAUACUGUGAUGAACUGUGACAAUAUUAAUGUAAUAGAGUUCGCGGGGAGCUAUACUAGCUUGCCACAUGUUCAUCUUCACAAAGCUGCAGCUCGUGAUGAACCAGCUCAUCAGAAUACGAGUGUUAAUUUUCAGCUAGCAAUCACUGAACUGUUGGAGGACAUUGGUUUGGAAAAUGAAGAAUCCAUCACGGUGACUCUGUGCCCAAAGAAAUUUGGCGAAAUAACCUCCAUUGCAUGUGCAGAUAUCCAGCUUGCGGAUUGUUAAGUCCUGGUAAUUUGUGGGAAAAUUAUAGUCACCAUUGAAUCUGCUGAGUGUACGCUUGAAAAUGGUCAUGUUUGUACUUAUUAGUAUUGAUAAGAUAAGGGCUACCCUAGCUCUUUGCGUGUGUAUGUACUUGAAGUUUUUAUUUCGUUAUUAAUAAAAAUAUCGCUAGACACCUUAUCUAGUGGUUUAUUAUCAAAAA